AUGCCUGCAGAUUUCAAAGAAAAAUUUCUCUCAACGCGAGUCAUUAUUGAUUGCACAGAGGUCUUUUGUGAAAUGCCAAGCAGUUUGCUUUUGAACUCUGAACUUUUCAGCUCGUACAAAAACCAUGUGACAUUGAAAGGACUUGUCGGUAUUGCACCAAGUGGAGCUAUUACAUUUUGCAGUCAACUUUAUACCGGCAGCAUCUCUGACCGCGAAAUUGUUUUACGGAGUGGAUUUUUGUCCCAAUCCUUUGAAGAUGGUGACUCUGUUAUGGCAGACAAGGGAUUUCAGAUACAAGACAUCCUGCCCCUUGGUGUGGAUCUGAAUAUCCCACCCUUUUUAGGCAGUGAUGCUCAAAUGUCUGCCGAAGAUGUUGUUAGGACACAGCAGAUUGCAAGUCUUCAGAUAAACGUCGAAAGGGCCAUCAACAAGAUAAAGAACUUCCGAAUUUGGAAUGGAGUUGUUCCUCUGAGUUUAUUUAGUGUCGUUAACCAAAUGUGGACUGUUUGUGCUUUCCUGUGCAACGCUCAGGAUCCACUCAUAUCUAAUAUCACAUGA